AUGGUCGUGUUGCUCGGGACAGGAUCAGGGACCUUCCAGGCGCCGGCCACCUUCGCUGUGGGGAACUACCCGGUUGGUGUUGCGGUGGGCGACUUCAACGGAGAUGGCCAUCUCGAUAUUGUGACUGCGAAUGCCAACGACAAUACAGUGAGCGUGUUGCUCGGGACUGGAUCGGGGACCUUCCAGGCGCCGGCCACCUUCGCUGUGGGGAACUACCCGGUUGGUGUUGCGGUGGGCGACUUCAACGGAGAUGGCCAUCUCGACAUCGUAGCUACGAAUGAAGAUGCAGGCGACGGAACCGUGAGCGUGUUGCCUGGGACAGGAUCAGGGACCUUCCAGGCGCAGGCCAUCUUCGCUGUGGGAAGCUAUCCUGAGGAUGUUGCAGUGGGCGACUUCAACGGAGAUGGCCAUCUCGAUAUUGUGACUGCGAAUGCCAACGACAAUACAGUGAGCGUGUUGCUCGGGACUGGAUCGGGGACCUUCCAGGCGCAGGCCAUCUUCGCUGUGGGAAGCUAUCCUGAGGAUGUUGCAGUGGGCGACUUCAACGGAGAUGGCCAUCUCGAUAUCGUGACUGCGAAUGCCAACGACAAUACAGUGAGCGUGUUGCUCGGGACUGGAUCGGGGACUUUCCAGGCGCAGGCCACCUUCGCUGCGUCCUUACCGUAUGGUGUUGCAGUAGGCGACUUCAACGGAGAUGGCCAUCUCGAUAUCGUGACUUCGAGUCAAUUUGAGAGUACAGUGAGCGUGCUGCUCGGGACUGGAUCGGGGAGCUUCCAGGCACAGUCCACCUUCGAUGUAGAGGGCUUUUCGUAUAGUGUUGCAGUAGGCGACUUCAACGAAGAUGGCCCUCUCGAUAUCGUGGUUUCGAAUUACAUAGACCACUUUGUGAGCGUCCUCCUUGGGGUUUGCCGCAGUCAACUAGAACAGCGGAGAUUUUCAUCUUGA